AUGGUGUGCAAAAAGUAUGAAAAUAAACUUGGGACUGUUAUCACUCCAGACACAUGGAAAGAUGGUGCAAGGAAUACCACUGAAAGUGGUAUAAGAAAGCUGAAUGAAAAUAAAGCUUUACUCUAAAAAAUAAACAAAAAAACUAGAUCCUAUGGAAAGAAUAACUUCUCCACUUGCAGGAUUUGCAAAAGUUCUGUGCACCAGCCAUGUUCUCAUUACUGUCAAGGCUGUGCCUACAGAAAAGGCAUCUGUGAAAUGUGUAGGGGACAAAAAGGCUUUGGAUACAAAAACUGCGAGCAAACAUCUGUCUAG